AUGCUCAAGCAUAUAUACCUUCGAAUAAUGAGCACCAAGAAAACGUUGCGGAGUAAGCGGCCCAGUGAGUGCGGCGGGAUGUGGAAUGAUGAAAAGGGGGUCAAGCGGGAGAUCGGUCCCGGGGUGGUAACUUCGCUUGGACACACGAGGCAGCAGGUGGGGGGGAACCAACUGGAUGGCCACUUAACAUACCGCUCCGUUGACCGCUCGGCUGACCGCUUCGCCGAUCGCUUCUCUCCCCGCCUGAAUGGCCACGUGGUGGAUGGAGGGGGGGAAGAGCCUUCCUGCGAGGGGUCUGCAGAACGCGCAUCAGUCCCUUCGAUGGGGCGCAAUCCUGGACAUGCGACAGACCCACACGAUGAACUGAUGCGCGUUCUGGCGUACGCGAGCAGCCAGGUGAUCAAGAGCCUGCACCUGCGGCAACACUACAUCAACAGUAAGGACUAUUUCAUGUCCCUCUCGCUGAUAUGCAACCAGCUAGCGGCACACCGAUUUAAGGACCAUUCAUUUUGGAACACCCUGGGAGGGAAGCUAACCGCAUUGUUACGCAUUGAGGAUGUCCACAAGACCAUGUCUGUGCGAUGGUUGGCAUUAAUCUUGAAUUCUUUCGCCAGAGUUUACGUACUGAAUGAGCCUCUCCUGAAAGAGGCCUCCAUUUAUGUCAGAAAUUGCAAAGAGGAGAACCUGCAUACAUUUGAUAUUUCGCAGAUAGCUAACUGUUUUGCGAAACUUAAUUACGGGGAUGCUAAGCUGUUCACACAUAUGGAGCAGCAGAUCUGCGAAAGGAUUGACGAAUUGAGUUGCCAGUCGAUUAGCAACCUAUGCAAUGCAUACAGUAAGUUAAGUCUGGGGAGUGCAACUUUAUUCUGCCGUCUAAUCAAAGCAGUAGAAAAAAAUCUCAACAAUUUUAAAGAACAAGAAAUCGCCAACAUAUUAAAUGCGUAUUCAAAAUUGGGCGAAAAGAAGCACUACCAUUUGUUUGUCAAUUUUUUACCUCAUAUUUGUGCAAAAUUUGACCACUUCAAACCAGUCGAAAUGGUGAUGAUUGCUAAUGCAUACUCUAAGUGUAAGUUAUUCGAUAGGACAUUUUUUUCCCUCCUGUGUAAGUACACUUCGCGGAAUGCUGACCUGUUUGAACCAUCCGAGUGGGCCAUACUUGCUAAUGUGUACGCAAACUUCAAUCUGAGAGAUGUAGAACUUUUUUAUCUUAUCAGAAAGAAGGUCAGUGAUAAGGAACAUUUGCUGCAACAUCGAAAUGUAGCCAUGCUGCUACACGCCUUUGGAAAAUUACAGAUACGAGAUGAAGCGUUUGUUAUCAACUUAGUUAAAAAGAAAAAACACAUAAUAGACUCUCUGGACAGCCGCAAUUUGACACUGUUUUACGUUUCGCUGAUAAAAUUGAAUUUGCGCAUUCCGAUGGACAUUUUGGCCAACUUGAAGCGAAACAUUUCGAACAAGUUACACACCUUUACCGAUUUGGCCCUGGUAUCCAUAUGCUACUCGUCCAUGUUCCUCUCCUACUUUGACUUGAAGCUGGUUAGCUCCAUCCUGCUUCUUCUAAAUGAGAGGAGAGCAAAUAGCAAAUCGUUUGCACACCAAAUGCACGUCACUCUGUUUGUGCUACACUCCGUCUACGACUUUGGGCAGUUUUCUCCAAAAUUUCUUCUUUGCUUGCAUCAGCUCUUGAGCAGGGCCUACCAGCACAUCGCGCAGCCCAACUAUUACGACAUUAACAUGUCAGCUAUUCAGAAGAGAAUUUCUCCUUUUUUUCCCAAAAAUUGCCUGAACGUUCAGACGGAAGUGCCCGUCGGCCCCUUCGUCGUGGAUUUUCUGCUGACCAGGAAGCGGCCGGCGGCGCGCGCCGCGUGUUUGUAG